CAUUAGACAGGGUGAGAAAGGCUGAGAGUGGUGGUAGCCAGCUGUCGAAUCCGUAUUAUUGACAUCGUCCCAUUUACCAUACGAAGGGAUUCCUGUCCCCGUUUGUUACUUUUCACAUCUGCCCUUUUUGUCACUGAAAAUAACUGAUGUGACCAGCAAGCUGCGGUUCUGCCGGGCUACUUUUAUUCCUAAGGAUUUCACGAUGGCGGCCGGUGGAGCAGGGGGCAGUAGCAAAACCUAUUCUUUCAAGGUGGUUUUGUUGGGAGAGGGCUGUGUUGGGAAGACAUCGCUCGUACUGCGGUACUGCGAGAACAAAUUCAACGACAAACACAUCACAACGCUGCAGGCAUCCUUCCUUACAAAGAAGCUAAACAUUGGAGGGAAAAGAGUGAAUCUCGCAAUAUGGGACACUGCAGGCCAGGAGAGGUUCCAUGCUCUUGGGCCGAUCUAUUACAGAGACUCCAAUGGAGCCAUUUUAGUGUACGACGUCACCGACGAGGACUCUUUUCAGAAGGUGAAAAACUGGGUAAAAGAAUUAAGAAAAAUGUUGGGAAACGAGAUAUGUUUAUGUAUAGUAGGUAACAAAAUAGACCUGGAAAAGGACAGGAAUGUGGCAGUUGAAGAAGCAGAACAGUAUGCAGACUCUGUCGGGGCGAAACACUACCAUACUUCAGCCAAAUUAAACAAAGGAAUUGAAGAACUAUUUCUUGACCUUUGUAAACGAAUGAUGGAGACUGCACAAGCAGAGGAGAGGGCGAAAGGAAACGGUGCCAGCCAAUCCGGUUCGUCAAGACGGGGGGUACAGAUUGUGGACGACGAGCCCCAAGCUGCCACUGUUGCAGGGGGUUGUUGCUCUUCAGCCUAGGACCCCCCCCCCCCCCCCCCCGCCCCUCCUCCUCUUUAGGACUGUGGAAUCUGCUCCCCUUCAGCACCUCCUUUCCCUCAAGACUGCCAUUGUCCAUCAUCCACUGAAUUAUCACACCCCCUUCAUGGAAUAACACACGUUAACAGUAUUCCCAAGUAAUCGCAUUUAUGACACUGAAGAGACUUCUGCAAACAAGUGCUGAUCUAGUGGGACAGAGGUCACCAGCACAAAGCUGAGUGGCAUUUCUCUCUCUCUUUUUUUUUUUCUUGAUUUAAUGAGCAAUUGCCCAUGAUCUCAUGAAGUCAGCGACCACGUUCUAUCCUUUCCCAUGGACAUAACCAGAUCCAACCACCCCCCAGCCCUGCAUCAUAAAUAUUUUUUCCUUUGACUUGGGUAAUGCACAGGUAGAACUCAGCUCUGAAAAAAAGCUUAAUUUGUUUUACUUUUAAAAACAAAUCUUUAUUAUUUAAUAACUUAUGUGUAUGUUCUAUGAAAAUCAACAGUGCACAUGUCCCAACCCUUUGUGUCUUUAGUGGGAAAUUGUGAAAGCUCUGCAGCUCAAGCUUCUGUUUUAAAUUUGGCAGAUACUAUUUUUGCAGGUUUUUUGCACUGGCCCAGUACUACAAAAGCUUUUGUUAUACUGUACUUCUCCCUGUUUGCCAAGUCGGUAUAUAAAACAAACAAAAAAAAAACAUUGUACAGUACUUAUUGAAUAUUUUAUCUGCUUUUACAAGCUUCGGGGGAAAAUACACAGGUAUAGAAGAGUGUACAUUAGUCUUGUUAAUGAUUGUAAAAUGAAAAUAACAAUUGUCGGUGAAAGCACA